CAGGAUAGACAGAAUCUCUCCCCUCGGCUCGGUCAGUUACGCGAGUACCAGCAAACGUUCCGCGUGUCUCCCAUUUCCUUCGCCGAUGUCGCGAUAAAACCUCGUAAUCAAUCGUAACGCGGCCAAUUAAACGUUUUUUAACGUGUUCAGUGCGAAAUUGUGAAGCAUCCAAGUCGAAGGAUAGGAAAAUACGGUGCAGUGCUACCGAGAACAAUAUGCCUACGAUGCUCUGCCAGUGAGCUGGAACUUUUUUUUUCUCGAUAAGAUUUUAGCGCCUGACAGCGCGGCGGGGUGGCCCCAAUGCCGGUCAGGAAGGGCCUCCUCGCCCCACAAAAUACUUUCUUAGAUACUAUCGCCACACGUUUCGAUGGAACCCACAGCAACUUUGUGCUGGGAAAUGCGCAGGUUCCGACGAUCUACCCGAUCGUUUAUUGCUCCGAUGGGUUCUGCGAGCUGACAGGAUUCGCGCGAGCGCAAAUUAUGCAGAAAGGUUGCGCUUGCAAGUUCCUGUACGGCCCGGAAACGAAAGAAGAGGAGAAAGCAAUGAUCGACAAGAGCCUCGAGAGCAAGACGGAACUGAAGAUGGAAGUUGUGUUUUAUAAGAAGAGCGGAAGCCCAUUCGAUUGUUUACUCGAUAUUGUUCCGAUCAAGAACGAAAAAGGCGACGUCGUUCUGUUCUUGGCUUCCCACAAGGAUAUCACCCACACGAAGAACCUUCAGCUGUGUGAGUUGCACGAUAGUGAUGCAAACGGUGGUCUCGAUCCCGAGGCACCGCCGGCUAAUUACGGCAGGAGAAGAAGUCGCGCCGUCCUUUAUCAAUUAUCUGGCCAUUACAAACAGGACAAUAAGCACAAAAUUAAAUUGAGCAAUAAUCUUCUGCAUUCCACCGCAGCACCUUUACCAGAAUAUAAAACAACGGGAAUCAAAAAGUCUCAGUUCAUUCUAAGUCACUACGGCGGCUUUAAAUCUUGCUGGGAUUGGUUAAUACUCCUCGCAACGUUUUACGUGGCAAUCGUCGUCCCUUUUAACGCGAGCUUCAUUAACAUCGACAGGCCUACAAUGGUCAGCGACGUUGUCGUCGAGGUCCUUUUUAUAAUCGAUAUCGUUCUGAAUUUUCGAACAACGUACGUAAGCAGAAAAGGCGAAGUCGUCAGCAACAGUAAAAGUAUUGCCGUCAACUACGUAAAGGGCUGGUUUUUUGUCGAUCUGGUCGCCGCUUUGCCCUUUGAUUUUCUUUAUGCCUCUGACGUUUACAGCGGAGAGGAAUCGGGACACGGUAACAUUCAUUUAGUAAAAUUAACAAGGUUGCUAAGACUGGCGCGAUUACUUCAAAAGAUGGAUAGAUAUUCACAGUACAGCGCGGUGAUUUUGACCAUGCUGAUGCUAUUUUUUAUCCUGGUGGCACAUUGGUUGGCCUGUAUUUGGUUUGUUAUCGCAGAGAAAGAAAGAUUAAGAAACGAUAACGAAUGGGACCUCGGCUGGAUUCACACGUUGGCGGAAAGAUUAAAAAUUUCCGUGAAUAAUGUAACGCACGCGGAAAGCUACAUCACAGCGUUGUAUUUUACUUGCAGCAGUUUAACGUCGGUAGGAUUUGGAAACGUUUCGGCCAACACGUUCUCCGAAAAAUUCUUCUCGAUUUGCACGAUGCUCAUUGGCGCUCUGAUGCAUGCCGUGGUGUUCGGUAACGUGACGGCGAUUAUUCAAAGAAUUUACUCUAGAAGAUCGCUGUAUCAAACGAAAUUGCGAGAUCUCAAGGAUUUUUUCGUGCUGCAUCAGAUACCGGAGGAAUUAAAACAACGUAUGCAAGACUACUUCCAAACAAUGUGGUCCCUGAAUCACGGUAUCGAUAUACACGAGACCCUGAAACAAUUUCCCGAGGAACUCAGGGGAGACGUUUCGAUGCAUCUACAUCGUGAGAUAUUAAAUUUACCAAUAUUCGAAGCUGCUUCUCAGGGUUGUCUCAAGUUACUUUCUCUCCGAAUUCGAAAUAAUUUUUGCGCACCUGGCGAAUUUUUGGUUCACAAAGGAGACGCGCUCUCGUACAUCUACUACUUGUGCAACGGUUCCAUGGAGGUCGUGCAAAACAAUAUGGUCGUUGCAAUUUUGGGGAAAGGUGAUCUUGUGGGCUGUGACAUAAACGUUCACCUACAGCAUAGCAGUAAUGGGGGUGGAGCUGGUGGUUCAGGAUCCGAUGUCGUGGUCAAAUCGAGUUGCGACGUGAAAGCGUUAACCUACUGUGAUUUAAAGUGCAUAAACAUGCACGGGCUGGUCGAAGUGCUUCGAUUAUAUCCCGAAUAUCAGCACGAGUUCGCAAACGAUAUACAACACGAUCUUACUUACAAUUUACGAGAAGGAUACGAAGCCGAGCAAGAGUCGGAUAUGAACGGACCAUCGUUAACGCUACCGUCGAUCAGCGAAGACGAUGAAAACGUACCUGAAGAGGGAGAGACCUCGCCUUUAUCGCCACCAAACAAAUCACCUUUGCAUACGUCGAGCCCGAGACACGCUAAAUUUAGGGAUGACUAUCGAGAAACAAGGAGACACGGAAGAGGGGUUUUAGUUCGAGGAAGAGCAGCCCAAAUGAUCGCUCAAGAAUCAGUGGAGGACCAUAUUCGCGGAUCGGUGGAAAGGCUCGACACACAAUUUUCUACGUUACACCAAGACGUUGCUACUCUGAGUAGCGAGGUCAGAAAUGCCAUUCAAGCUCUACAAAUACUAGCAUGUUCGCCACAAAGUAAUCCGAAUUUACCAACUCCUGCGAACCGAGGGAGCGGCGUUUUAGCGAGAAGUUCGUCCCACCCACCGGAUGCUCUAUGCUGGGAUCCUCCUCCGAGGAUGUCCGACGCAUCGACGCAAACCGACUGGCCGGUGGAUUUGUUCGAAUCUUGGGUCCGAGCGAAUCCUCAAAGAGUCCUGAGGAUUCUCGAACUCGACCCAACUACUCUAUCGAGGCAACCUCCGUCUCCGACACCGUCUCCGUCUUCUCCUCCUCCGCCACCAUACGAACCCCUAUCACCUGUGGCAGGUACUCCGCCGCAAUCACCAUCCCCCUCGCCAGGUAAUGAUAAUUUCGUUUUCGGCAAUAAUCACGGAGAACGACACAUUCCUCGUUUGUACAAACCGACGAAUUCUAGCUGGGAUCCGGAGAACAAAUUAUCGCAUCGAUUUAGCGCCGGUGAUGCCGAUAACGCGUCUUUGUAUCAAGCGUUUAGCACUAUGCGCCGACUUCCGGAAUCACGCUCGUUAAAAUUUGAUCCCUUCGAUAGCUGAACAUUUCCAAAAAACAUAUCAGGGUUAUCAGCCUUAGAGCACACCCAACAGACAGAGAAUUUGUAGGCCCGCCACGAUCAAACCAAAGCAAAAUUCGAUGGCUAAAAUUCAUUCGUCAGAUGUACUCUCGCGUUAAUAAAGUUUAUCGCGUCUGUUCAUUUUCUUACACACGCGAAAUAGUUGAACUGUAGUUGAACCUGAUCACUACUUACGAACAAUCAAUAUUACGUGAUGUUGCUCGUUUCGUUUUCUAUCGGUGACUUCGUUAGACUAAUCAAUUGAAAACUAUCUUUAUCUAAAACGUGUUUUCUAAUCGGAUCUUCUAAUUCGAACGCUUGCAAUUCGACUGGUCCGUGUAAAUAUUGGCAACCUAUGUGUCCUCUUGUACGUGCAACGAUGUCACAAAGUUUUUCCAAAAUUUCCUGAACCCGCAGAAAUACGAGAAACGUUCAACGUUUAAUAUCGCGGCAACUUUGUUUGAAUGAAAAGAAAAAACUUUAAAGAUAUCACAAAAGGAAAUUUUAAACUUUAGCGUAGCAAUAACGUGCACAAGAAAUUUCGAUGUAUCCUGUAACGUCCAAGUUAGAUUGUAGUUAUGGUAAAGUAAGUAGCCAUCGUUCGAGCAUUUACUAUCGCAUUAAACACAAGAUUGAUUUCAAACAAUGAAUCACUUAAUCGAUUCGAAAUGAAUGUAUCAUAUUAAAACUGUAUCGCGCGGGUGUGUAUCCAAUUGUAAGUAUCACUUGAAUGGAUUCAAUGUAAAUAGCGUAUCGCUAUCAAAAAUAUGUGAUAAGGCACGGCUUUGGCCAUGCACAACAAUUGUAUUCGUUCAUCUUUCAUCGUCAUUUGUGAAACACUCGGAUCGGUAACAAUAAAAGUUACCUGUGUAAUUAUGAAAUCUAGUACCUAUAGAUGAGAAGGCUGCUUCACAAUUCCGGUCACAGUGCCGUCAGAUCGCGUCAAAUCAAACCUCGGUCAAUAUAAUUUUAAAUGCAAUCCAAUUUUAAACGUGUCGUUAUUGUUGAGUGUGAAAAUUUUUAAUAAAAUCCUGUACUAUGACCGAUCGUGAUCUGAGCUUAUGUUCGACCUCACGUAUGAAGCAGGUUUUAAUGCCUACGUCUCGAUACGUAUAAUUUGGAUACGAAUACGUUGAGAAAACAAUCAUUACAUUGGACGAAUAAUAUUAUUAUCGAAAGACCAACCAUCGUAAAGCACUCGAGUCUAGUCAUAGUAGGAAUCUUACAAUUAGACCAAGUAUUGAUAACGUCAUAAUUUCACAAAUGUCAAUGAAAGCAGCUGUUUUAUAAAUAUUUCAUAUAUUUUGUUAUACUAUUUCUAUGCUCCUCACCUUAUAAUUCAAGCUAAACGUAUUGUAAUAUUAUCUAUUCAACCUGUAUCUCACGUAUUCUACUACUUUUUACACUCUUCGAGUAACUUACAAAAGGGAAACGUUCGUCAUUCUUAACAUACAUAAUAUGGGAAUGUCAGUAAGCACAAAAUGAAACACGUAUGUUUUUAAAGUUGAUGAAUUUCCGAAGAAUGUUGAAAGAUAUAAAAUUAUCAUUCGGUAUACCGAUUCGAUUCGAAAUUAGAGUUAAAAUAAACAGAAACAAAUUAUUAUUCGUGUUAUACGCGUGUUCACGUGCGUGUGUAUUUCUCCCUGUACGAAGUUACAAUUAGUUGAUAAGUUUAUGUCAAGAUGCAAAUGCAUCCUCGAAUUAUCAAAAAUUUAGCUAAACUCGAUGAAAUUUUUUAUCACACACUUUUUUAUCUAAACUAGUUAGAGAAAAACUUCGAAUGAACGGCCUUAAAAUAAAGAUUUAUUUUUUUCACUGUUCUUGAAUAUCACGAUCUAAAUCUAAAUGUUUGACCUAAACCGACGCUAAUGGUCUCCUCUCGAAAAACGUGAUGAGAUCAGAUUACCAAACAUCUUAAAACUACGUACUAAUUGGGAUACGAUACGACAACCAAGGACUAACCGGUCGAAUCGAUUUAAAAAAAUAUUUUAUAACGUUUGUACGUUGUAUUAUCGAACAUGAAUGUAACAAAUUAUCAUUCUUACCUUUCUUUACAGGCGUCGAAUAUCAAAUCUUUUGAUAUCGGUUAAAAAAUACAUAUAAAUAUUGUACAAAUACGAAUAGACGAAUGUAUCAUUCUAAAGCGACAGGAUAUAUUUAUAGUUAACACUGUCAAAGAACGACGAUAUCUUGAAAGUACCAAUGUUAACGAAUGCAUAGUUUAAAAGAAACAAAAGAACAAAAGAAAAUAAUACUUUCGCUGUUAAAACGCGCCUGUUGUACAAACUUUCCAUUGAUGAUUUCAACAAGGAAUAAACAACGGUAACGUUAUUUUAAUGUCA